CCAUUAAACGGAUUAUGCGUGCGUGUGCUUCCGGAUGCUGUACACCCUUUAACGGCCUACGCCUACUGCCGCCCACACCCACGCCCUUCUCCCAGCAUCCAGCGCUCCAAAUCGGACGCCAGCCGGCACAAGCUCCUCCCCCGCCGGCCCCUCUCCACCCUCGUCCCGACCCUCACCGUGCCUAAUGAUCUGUGCUCACAGGGGACCGAUCCAGACGCCCUCGCCUCCCCCGGGGAGGAUGGUGUGAUGCAGAGGAUGCGCAAGAGUCUGUCCAGUCUGCGCACCGGCGUCCUGGCCAAGCUGCAGCGGCCCAGCACGCAGUACGCCCGCAAGAGUUCCUAUCCCUGUGAUCUCGAGGAUGACAGCGGCGCCGCCCCGGAGGCGGUGAUCCUGCCGACACAACCGGCGCGGCAUGCGGUCAGUAAUAGUGUCUUCUACGAUGGCCUCCUGAAACCGGUAGAACCGGUCCGCAAACCGACCAGCGCGGAUAGUGGGAUUGUCGAUCUGGGCCACGACGCCGACGAGAUGUCCAGUUCGUCGCGCCAGCACCGGCCGACGUCCACGGAAUACUCCAGCGCCGUCUCGGGGUGUGGGUCACCCAUGCGCCGUUCACGCAGCUGCCAGCCGAACGGGCGGUUGGUCUCCUUCGCCAUUGCACAGGUGGAUGACAAGUCCAGUGAUCUGGAUCGGUCGGUCUCGGCGCGCUCGUCGCGCACCUCCGACCUGUCCAACAGUUCGGCCUCAUCGCACAACGCUCACACCGCGGCAAAUGGACAGCCGCCGGCCGAUACACCGGCCAGUCCGCUGUACAUCGAGUCGCUGUGGUCGCAGGUCAAGUACGAAGUGGACUGCGAGCAGAACGUCAGUGAGUCCUCCCUGGAAGGGAUGCGCGCCAACAUCGUCAAGGAGAUCCUCAAGAAUGAGCGGGAUUUCGUCGACAAUCUCAAGGAUGUCAUCGAAGGGUAUCUAUAUAAAUGCCGGCAGCGUCCCGACAUGUUCUCCAAAGGCCGCAUCGAGUGUAUCUUCGGGAACCUCGAGCAACUGUACGAAUUUCAGUGCGAAUUCCUCACCGACCUGGAGGCCAGCAUCAUCACCAACAACGUACACCGCAGCGAGAUCGGCCACUGCUUCCUGCUGCACCAGCGCGGCUUCUCCGACCUGUACUCCGACUACUGCAACAACCACACGCAGUCGGCCAUGGAGCUGCAGCAGCUCAAGCAGAUCAAGCAGUACGCGCACUUCUUCGAGGCCUGCCGUAUGCUGCAGGAUAUGAUGGAGAUCUCGCUGGACGGAUUUUUAUUACAACCCGUACAGAAGAUCUGCAAGUAUCCACUGCAGCUCACCGAACUCCUCAAGUACACGCCGCACGGGCAUCCGGACUGUCAGAGCGUCAAAUUGGCGCUCAAUGCGAUGAAAUCCGUCACCGGUGUUAUUAACGAACGCAAACGCCGGCUAGAAUGCCUAGAAAAAAUCGCCCUGUGGCAGGAAACGAUCGACCUGUGGGACGGCGAGGACCUGGUAGAACGCAGUUCCCAGUUAAUCCACUACGGCGAGCUCUCCAAGCUCUCCAGCAAGAACAGCUGGACCCACGAGUACAUCUUCUUCCUGUUCGACCACCAGCUGAUCUACUGUCGCCGCGAUAUGAUUAAGCGCACGCUCUUCUCCUACAAGGGCCGUUUCGACAUGGACCAGGUGGACAUUGUGGAUCUGGAGCAGAACGACGCCGGGAUCAAGCACGGCUGGGUGGUGGUGUGCCCCGAUAAGGAGCAGUCGACGAUAUUACUGGCCAAGUCCGUGGAGGAGAAGAAGAAGUGGAUGGAGGCCUUUGAUGAGGAGCGCCGGCGGGUGACGGCCGAUCUGGAGACCGGGUUCGCUAUUGCGCCCAAGGACCGCUUGGCGGCCAUACAGACGGCCAAAAUGCUGACGGCCGGCAAGGAAAAACGCGGCAAAUCGAAAGAUGCUCUGAAAGAUCUCACGGACCACACCCAACUGGUACAGUCGAUGCGGGCCAAGAGCAUCAGCAUGACGCUGCCGGUGCGCAUCCGCGUCAACCAGGCAGCCCGCCAGGAACGCCGCAGUAUCGCCACGAAAUUACCCUUUGCGACCAAAAAGUCAUAAAGCCUAGCGUGUCCCUGUUCUCCAUGUAAUGAUGAAUGCAUAGCAUUCUGCUCGUCGUUUUUUGUACGUUGGGAUAAUUAUGUCUUCUUCUUUUGUGAAUCACUAACUGUGGAGUAUUCGACAUGGGUGUAUAGUCAUUAGUCGGUAGGUAAUUUAGCCAGUUAAAAAGUGCGUUAUUAAUUUUGUGAUUCCUUAACUUUUAUAACUCGGUGUGCAUUGUAUGUACGAGCAAAGAAUACCGUUAUGA